ACUGAACAAAUAUGGCGAGGUUCGCUUCUGUUUCUACAAGCGACAUUCAAAAGCUUUUGGGACGACAAAGAUGCAAAUAAUACUAAGAAAGCAACAAAGCACGCUUUGAACAUAUUUACAACAUAUUUAAAAGAGAAGAAAUUGAAUGAACCUUACGAGAAAGACACUUUAUGAACUGAAGUUUUGAAAUUAUUCUAUAUCGAAGCUCGAAAAGAAGACGGCACAGCAUACAGCAAAAGCACCCUGAAUUGCUUGAGAUUUGGUUUAAAUAGACACUUUCUAUCCACUCGGAACAUAAACAUCAUAAAUGAUCCAGCAUUUUACGAAGCCAACAAAGUUUUUAGCGCAAAAUGUGUCGAGCUUAAACGAGAAGGUCUUGCCAAAGUCGAACAUAAACAACCGAUAUGUCAAGAGGACUUUCAAAAGCUGUAUUCAUGUGGUAUAUUUGACAUAGAGCAUCCUGUAACACUUCAAAACAAAGUCUUCUUUGAAGUAAUGCUAUACUUUGGCCGUCGUGGGAGACAAAAUCUUCGUCAGCUAAAGAAAACUGACUUCUCGGUGAUUACUGAUGCAAACGGGAAUAAAUAUGUCCGAAAAACAACCGACGAACUGACAAAAAACCGACGAGAGAAUGACGACGGUUUGGACGGAGGUAUUAUGCUUGAAAACUCUGGUCCGCACUGUCCUGUAGCUUCCUUCGAGUUGUAUACCCAACAUUUGAACCCAUUAAACGAAUAUCUGUUUCAACGACCCAAGAAAAACAUUGACGACUCUCAACCCGUAUGGUAUGACAACAUGGUGGUGGGGGAACGUUCUCUUGGAGACAAAAUGAAAAGAAUCUCGCAGGAAGCGAAUCUGCCCAAAACAUAUACAAAUCACUCAAUCAGAGCAACGGCAGUUACAGUGCUUGAUAGAUCUGGCUUCGAGGCUAGGCACAUCAUGUCGUUAAAGUGA